GGUGCACCCCACCUAGAUUUUCCAUCUUCGAGUAUUUAGACCUGGCCUGGCCGGCCAUUCCUCUUCUCUCCAACCAAGCCACCAACUGAGCAUUUUCCCCCACCUACUAUUCCAUUGGUUUAAAAUCCGCCGACUGCUGCUUCGAGGUCGCAAAUAUUCCUCCGUCUCAGUUAUCCAUGAACACCCAUCGUAUUGCAUCCUUGACGGCUCGUCGUUGCUGGUCCGGUGCUCGCCCUUCCAGAUCCAGUUUUGUUAGUCAACAAAGACCCGCUGCCCCCGCGUUCCACUCAGCCGCUGCCAACUUCAACCCGUCAACAUCAGUUCGUCACCCGGCCAUUGUUCAACGGGCGCAAACGAAGGGCCAAUCUGCGCUCCAUAACAAUUUCCCUCACCAAUCACACACAAAUCUUAACCGUCCCCUCCACACACCCACCAAAAUGGCCACCGACGCCGUCUCCGCCGCCGCCCGCAUCGAGGAAUCCAAGCGCCUCGCCGCCUCCCAAGCCGUGCAAGACCACCUCCUCCCUACCUACACGCACAUCGGCAUCGGCUCCGGCUCCACAGUCGUCUACGUCGUCGACGCCAUCGCCUCCCUCCCCCGCUCCGUCACCAGCCAAAUGGCCUUCUACCCGACCGGGGACCAAUCAAGAGACCUGAUCAAGGCCGCCGGUUUCCGCCUCGGUUACAUCGAAGACUUACCCCGCGGCCAAAUGUUGGACGUCUGUUUCGACGGCGCCGACGAAGUCGAUCCCGCUUUGAACCUGAUCAAAGGCGGCGGCGCUUGCCUCUUACAGGAGAAGAUCGUGGCCACGGCCGCUAGAAAAUUUGUCUGCGUCGCAGACUUCAGGAAGAUCAGCAAGAACCUGGGAACGGAAUGGAAGCAGGGCAUCCCCGUCGAGGUGUUUCCGAUGGCGGUGCCGCGAGUGUUGGAUGAACUUAAGAGGUUGGGGAGCACGGGGGCGAAGAUCAGACCUGGCACGCCGGGGAAGGCGGGAGCGUGUGUGACGGAUAAUGGACUGCGGAUUGUGGAUGCGGCUUUUAAGCCUUUGUUGACGCAGCUGCCGGAGGGGAAGAAGGAUGGGGAGGAGGGCGUUUGGACGGUGGAUGGGUUGGCGAGGCGCUUGAUUGAGAUUCCGGGCGUGGCCGAGCAUGGGUUGUUUUAUGGAAAGAGUGGACUGGAGGUGGAGAGCGGAGCGCAGAAGCCGGUUGCGGCGUACUUUGGUAUGGCGGAUGGGACGGUUAAGGUGCAGACGCUGGAGAAGGGGUUGGUCCGGGUGUGAAGGGGGUUGCUAAUGAUGGGAGUCUUAUGAGAAGGGCGGAGGAAAAGGUGCAUGGAACUGGGUGCGAUAUAUACGUCGCG